AUGAUUGUUAUAGUGGACCUGUUGCUGAUGCUGAUCGACCUGAUUUACUCCAUUGUGGCAGCCGUCAUCCAGACUUUCCUCCGGCCAAGGUUGAAGAGCAUCGAUGGGGAGCUCUGUUUAAUCACAGGGGCCGGGGGCGCGCUGGGUCGGCUCUUCGCACUGGAGUUUGCCAAAGAAGGGGCGCCCCUGGUUCUGUGGGACUGCAACCAAACUGCCAACGAGGAGACCGCUAAGCUGGCGCGGGAACACGGUGUCCAGGUGCACACGUACACUGUGGACCUGUCCCGCCGCCAGAGCAUCUAUGAGACGGCGGAAAGGGUGAGAGCGGAGGUCGGGGAUGUCUCUAUACUGGUCAACAAUGCAGGCGUGGUGGCCGGACGGAGGCUGCUGGACUGUCCUGAUGAGCUUUUGGAGAGGACUCUGCUCGUAAACUGUCACGCGCUGUUCUGGAUGACAAAGGCCUUCCUGCCACAGAUGAAAGAAAAGAACCACGGCCACAUUGUAACCAUCGCCAGUGCUCUCGGACUAUUCAGCACUGCAUGUGUAGAAGAUUAUUGUGCCAGUAAAUUUGGGGCUGUUGGUUUCCACGAGUCACUGACUCACGAGCUGCUCGCAGAAGGCCUGGAUGGCAUCAAAACUACCUUAGUUUGCCCUUAUAUUGUCGACACAGGGAUGUUUGCAGGCUGUGAAAUAAGGAAGGAGCUUCGGAGUAUAAUUCCACCUCUGGAGCCUCUGUACACUGUGCAGCAGUCAAUGAAAGCCAUUUUAGCAGAGCAGCAAAUGAUCUGCAUUCCUCGUCUAAUGUACAUCCCCUUUCUGACACGAGCAUUGCUACCUUGGGAAGCAAAUGUUGCAACAUAUCGCUUCAUGGGAGGAGACAAAUGCAUGCUACCGUUCAUCAAGAAUAUUGAACAAAAAUCAUCUAACGGCCAUGUCAAAUCCUCCUAA